GGUUCUGUCGACGGGAUCCGAACGCUAACCACGGUAACGCGAUUCGAAAACGAAACGGGAAGAAAAAAAAACACCGAUUUCAAUAGUCCUUGGAAAUCGGAAUGUCGAUAAACAUUACGAACGGAUACGACGGCGGAGGGUAUCGACAUGCGAAUCCGUCGACGACCGGUGGUUACGUGGUGCGCACAGGAUUCUCAGGUAUUACGUGCCGCCUUCGAUAGGACGGCGAAUAAUUAGUGCGCGGCGACGACAGUCGUUCCCGUCAACAGGUUUUACUGCUUUCUCGUAACGUACGCGGGAAAUACGGUACGUGCCGCCGCUGCCUUCGUAACGAGUCCAAUCGAUUCGUUUCGGGAAAACCGCGGACGCAACGAACGGAACCGUGGAAAACGGCAGACCGGAUGAAAAGCGUUUGUCGCGGCCCGCCGGGCGACGUUCGCACCGACACGGUUUACAUGCGCGCGCGCGCCUAUGCGGACCGAAAACCAGCCGAACCGGGUGUAACGUCGGGCUAACCGCUUCCACCGACCUAUAGGUGUACGCUCGCGUUUAGCCGAACGCAAUGGUUAAGAACUAGCGCGUGAUAAAAAAAAAUAAAAAAAUAUUUAUAUAUAAACAAACCGAUAAUGACGCGUUACGCGGAGCGGUGAGGUACUACUACUACUGCUGUUGCUGCGAGAGGGAGUGGUACACUGCCGUAUACCGAGGUAUCCCGAAGGUAGAGGUUGUGCACGGUUAAUUCGUGUCCCAUUAGUUCCAAUUAAGCCGUUUCGCGCCCCUGCAGUAGAGGUGUGUGCGUGUGCAGUAUACGCGGCGACAGCAACAGCAGCAGCAGAAGCAGCACCAACGUUGUCCGAUACGGUGUGUGCAGUCGAUAACGAGCGUGAACAUGGCCAACGAGAAGUCGCUCAAAGAAUCCCUGCUGGCCGCCUCGCCGUUCCUCAUCAAAGUCGUGGAGAUCGUACUGGGCUUGACCAGCAUAUGUCUGCUCGUCAGCCCAUACUCGUCCAGGCUGCACACGAGCACGGGCCGAGCGGGUUUCGUGUACUCGGCACUGUCCGGCGCCGUGCUGGUCGACUUGCUCAUCGUGGUCAGCCAUUUCUUGCAGCAGAAGAUACCGAAAAAGCCGUGUCUGAUCGUGUCAUGCUGGUACGGCUUGAUGUUGGCCGUGGCCGCCAGCGUCAUAUUCUCCGACUGGAGAGCGCUCCAGUUCGCGCUUCAGGUGCGCCCGUCCAAGAACCGCAUGGACUUGAUGAUAUCCUCGGCGGUGACGGCCGGGCUGACGUCCAUCACGUUUUUCGCCGAUUUCGUGUUGACGUUCAAGUACGGGUAAAAAUGUGAAAGGGAAAACGAGAAAAAAACGACAAACGGACGUCGUAAACUACUACUUACAUCGCUGUCUAUUUCUACGCGCCCAACGGACGUAAUCUAAAAAGAAAACUGGCUUCAAAACGUUUAAUAUAUAUAUAUUUACAAUACAUACAGCAACACUUGACACACACACACACACACACACACACACACACACACCAUUAAAGGCAUUUUUAACGGUCGUAUCAUGACGACAUAGUUUUAACCGAUUAGCACCAGUUUCUAAACUAUCAGCACUGUCUUCGGUUAACUUUAUUCAUAAGUAUUAUAUAUUUGAAACAAAACAUUCAAUACGAUAUAUCAGUAUCAACUUUAUGCAAUUACUGCAGUAUUAUUUUUCAGUCAUGCUAGUAUUUUUAUUUUAAAACAUAAAUUAAUUAGGCAAAUGAGUACACAGUUUCCAUUAUAAUAUUUUUGUACUUGUAUAUUUUUAUUCAUUUAAACUAUAAGUACUUAGAUAUGCAUUUUAGUCAUUGAUCCGAUACAAAU